GGGAGCGCAGCCGGAGAGGCUGGGCCCCAGACCGCUUUCCUAUGAGCGAGCGCCGGGGCAGCCGCCAGGGAGCGAGGGGGCAGGCUCAGGCAGCUCUCCAGGCCCCGCAGCGGUGAUAAACCUUGAGAAAUAACUAGGAGAGGCGGCUCGGCGGCUCGGCGGCUCUAGUGUCCAAUCCAGUGUGAGGAGCCAGUAGGCUCGCGGGCAGGCAAACAAGCCUGAAAGAGAGACCCAGGGGACUUGAAGCAGCAAGAACACCACCUUCCGCGCCCCUCUUGGUGUCCACUCCAGGCGCCGGCGUUCUGCAGCCCCUGCUCUCGUCUCCAUGGCUGCCGCGGGACCCCAGAUCCCGCUGAGCUUUCUCCUCAGGCAGCUGUGGCUGUCCCUGUUGAUCUUUGGUCUUGCUGGUGAAGCCUGUGAAAGGGUGGUGCUUAAUGUACCUUCAAAAUUAGACGCAGACAAAAUUAUUGGCAGAGUUAAUUUGAACAAGUGUCUCAGGUCUGCAGACCUUAUUCAGUCAAGUGAUCCUGACUUCAGAGUUCUGGAUGAUGGCUCAGUGUACACAGCCCGUGCCACCGUGUUGUCUGAAGAGAGAUCAUUCAUCAUACGGCUUUCUGACAUAAAGACAGGGAUACAGAAAGAGAUUCCUGUGCUCCUGGGGCAGCAGCAGAAGGUAUUGAAGAAAAGACACACUAAAGAAACUGUGCUCCGGCGAACCAAGAGAAGAUGGGUACCUCUUCCUUGUUCAAUGCAAGAGAAUUCCUUGGGUCCGUUUCCUUUACUGCUUCAACAAGUUCAAUCUGAUGCAGCACAGAAUUAUACCAUUUAUUACUCAAUAAGUGGUCGUGGAGUUGAUCAAGAACCUUUGAAUUUGUUUUACAUUGAAAGAGACACUGGAAAUCUAUACUGUACCCGACCUGUGGAUCGUGAAGAAUAUGAUGUUUUUGAAUUGGUUGCUUACGCGUAUACUGCCGAUGGGUACUCUGCGGACUUUCCACUUCCGCUGCCUAUCAAAGUGGAGGAUGAAAACGACAACCACCCGGUUUUCACCAAACCUAUUUAUAAUUUUAAAGUUCCGGAAAGUAGUAGAAUUGGUACUGAAGUCGGAGUAGUGUGUGCCACGGACAGAGAUGAGCCCGACACAAUGCAUACACAGCUGAAGUACAGCAUUUUGGAGCAAACACCAAAAUCACCUGGGAUUUUUUCUGUGGAUCCAAAGACAGGUGUCAUCACCACUAAGUCUCAUUCCAUGGACAGAGAGGUUGUAGACAAGUACACAUUGAUAAUGAAAGUACAAGAUAUGGAUGGUCAGUUUUUUGGAUUGAUUGGCACAUCCACUUGUAUCAUUACAAUAGAAGAUUCAAAUGACAAUGCACCCACUUUCAGACAAAAUGCUUAUGAAGCUUCAGUAGAAGAAAAUGUGUAUAAUGUGGAAAUCUUACGAAUACCUGUAGAUGACAAGGAUUUAAUUAACACUGCCAAUUGGAGGGCCAAUUUUACAAUUUUAAAAGGAAAUGAAAAUGGUUAUUUCCAAAUCACCGCUGACAAAACCACUAAUGAUGGAGUUUUGUAUGUUGUAAAGCCAUUGAAUUAUGAAGAAGAUCAUCAAGUGGUCCUUGAAAUUGGAGUCAGCAAUGAAGAACCAUUCACCAGAGAUUUUGCAGCCAGGGUGCCAACCAUGAACAGAGCUUUAGUUACAGUUCACAUAAGAGAUCAGGAUGAGGGGCCUGAAUGCAGCCCUCUCACCCAGUACGUCCGGAUUAAAGAAAACUCAGCAGUGGGCUCAAAGACAAACGGCUAUAAGGCAUAUGACCCUGAAACUAGGAAUAGCAAUGGUCUAAGGUACAAAAUAUUACAUGACCCAAGAGGGUGGGUCACUAUUGAUGAAAAUUCAGGAUCGAUCAUAACUUCCAAAGCCCUAGACAGAGAGGUGAUGGAUCCCCAAAAUUACUUGUCUAAUAUCACAGUCCUGGCAACAGACCAAGUUGGUAGGUCAUGUACUGGAACACUUAUAGUGAGCAUUGAAGAUGUGAAUGAUAACGCACCAACAAUUCCUCAAGAUUAUAUAAUAAUUUGCAAGUCAAAGAUGGAAUACGCUGACAUUUUAGCUGCUGAUCCUGAUGAUGCUGUCAACGGAGCUCCAUUUUACUUCAGCUUGGAAAGUGCUUCUCCAGAUAUCAGUAGAAUUUGGACCCUCAACAGAGUUAAUGAUACAGCUGCCCGUCUUUCAUAUCAGAAAAAUGCUGAAUUUCAAGAAUAUUUAAUUCCUAUUACUGUAAAAGAUAGAGCAGGAAUGUCUGCAACAAAAACCUUGAAGGUUAAUCUUUGUGACUGUACACAUUCAAGUCAAUGUUUUGCUGCCCCAAGGAGUGGACAAAUAGAACUUGGAAAAUGGGCCAUCCUUGCGAUAUUGUUGGGUAUAGCACUACUAUUCUCUGUAUUGCUAACUUUAGUAUGUGGAAUUGUUGGUACCAGAAAAGGAAAACAUUUUCCUGAAGAUAUAGCACAGCAAAACUUAAUUAUAUCUAACACUGAAGCUCCAGGGGAUGACAGAGUGUGUUCGGUCAAUGGAGUUAUGAUGCAGACUGCCAACAACUCUAGCCAAGGCUUUUGUGGCACCAUGGGAUCAGGAGUCAGAAACGGAGGGCAAGAAACUAUUGAAAUGCUGAAAGGACAGCAGACUUUGGAAUCCUACCGGGGAGCCGGGCAUCACCACACGCUGGACUCCUGCAGGGGAGGACACGUGGAGAUGGACAGCUGCAGAUACACCUACUCCGAGUGGCACAAUUUCACUCAGCCCCGACUCGGUGAAAAAUUGCAUCUGUGUAAUCAGGAUGAACAGCACGUGCCAUCUCAAGAUUAUGUUCUUGCGUAUAACUAUGAAGGAAGAGGAUCUCCAGCCGGCUCUGUAGGCUGCUGUAGUGAAAAGCAGGAAGAAGAUGGGCUUGACUUCUUAAAUAACUUGGAACCCAAAUUCAUUAACUUAGCUGAAGCGUGCACAAAGAGAUAAAGUCCCAGUGCUGCAAUUAGAGAUGUCUUUGCUAUAUGUUUGGGAGGGUUCCAAAAAUGAUACUGGAAACCUCAGUUACAUUUUACAUAGAGAGGGGUUGUGCCUUAUGACGGUGCUACGUAUAAUUUUUCAGCUUCAUGAUGAUGUGAAGCUAUGUGAAUCCAAUAAAACUAUGCCUCACAUUUUAAAUGUUGUCCUUUUCCCAGACUAGCAAUAUGUGGUUGAUAUUUCCUUUCAAGAUUUGGGGCAGUGGUAGUUUCAGUUCCUAAAGAGUAACAUAGUUACAAGGUGGUAUUCUACAGGGUACUGUGUUUCAGAGCUCUAUUGUCUGUAGCUCAGUUGUUGUAAAUGGAUUUUUGAUUUAGGAUAUUUUCAUUUAUGAGGGGUUUAUAAAGGUGUGACUCCAUUGAAGGGACGUGAAUAUAAAUUGAACUUUCAAAGUUUCAAGCAGCAGUAUUCAUCAGUUUGUAUUUUAAGAAAAUUCAUUGCUAUUUUUUUCAAGAAGUGUAAAAUGUUUAAUAUGCAAUAACCAAAACUCAUGCUGCAACACUGGAAUUAGGGUCUAAAAGUAUCUCCUCUUCUUUAAAGAUAAUUUCUUUACAAAUAUCUUUGAUAAAUGUAAGUCUAGCAUUAGUUAAGCUUUGCUGCUACUGUUACAAUAUACUUGCUUACUAUGACAGUUCAAAAAUAUAAAACAUGUUGAAUACUACUACUUAAGGAA